CAAUGCAGCUAUCUGAGGACCCGGUUCAUCGAUUGAUUGAUUUUGAAGACAGAUUCGCAGAGUUUACUCGUUUCACACUGCAAGGAGAACAAGAUUUUCAUGUUGGACUAAGGUCAGACCUUGACAGAGAGUAUCAAAGAUACGGGGUUAGUGUCUCCGGCCCCGUAACUUUCAAAUCUCACAACCACAUGGAUCAGGAAAAGCACAAGAUGGUGGUGUGUGACGGUGCCCCACUGGAGGCCUCUAAAAUAGUUUCUUCAGUUUUAGGUCGCGUCAAUAACAAAGUGACAUCUGGGGAAAUAACUCUCGUUAAUGACAAUGAAGGAACAAGUUUUAAGUCAGGUACAGAGGAACCUGUCAGUGGAACUCCUAUUCCCGAGCUGGAGGAGGCUAUCAAGAGUAUCUCCGCGCGCAUUGAGCGGAUAUUGUCGCCGCCAAAAGAGAGGAAUAAGGAAGAACUGUUAGAAGAAAUAAAGACUAAAAUCAAUGAAGAAACAAAGAAACUGCAAAAUAUGAACCGGCAAGCAUCACUGGUUGGUGGAAAUGUUCAUGAAAAUUCAGGGCAUCCUGCAGCUAACCAACCCCCUCAAGAACCUGUAGAGAAAGCUAGGUCUGAGCACAUGUUCAUUACAGAAAUAUUCGAAAAAUCGGAGUCUCUGAACUCGUCUCCUCAGUCGGGUGGCAACAAGGAGCAGGACUCGGAACAUUUUAAUUUUGAGGAGAUCAUCAGAAAGAAAACAGGACGUGGUCUCCAAGAGUCAGUACAUCUGGAUGUGGAGACAGAAAAAGAAUGGGAACUGGAGACUGAAAAUAUGCCAAUGGAAAUAGCUACUAGUCCCGACACUCACAAUCUGUAUAAUGUCAAGAAAAAGGAAAUGAAGGAAAAUGGUCCAGUGUCACAUCACCUUACCAUAGAGGACGCAGACGCAGAAAACAACAACGGUUCUUCGAGGAUAGCUGCUAUUAGUGACGAUAAAAAGUCAGCUGAAGUCCUGGAGGGAGAAAUAGCAGUUCUCCAAAAGGAGGUGAAGUGGCUGGAAGAGGAAAUAAAGGCUCUCAAAGGGACAGUUGUGGAAAGAAAUGCGAGACUUGCUGAGUCUCACCAACUCAGAAGAAAUUUGGAAGAGGAACUCUCCCUCAUGCACAGAAAGUGA